AUGAGUGCUGUUGUUUUGAUUAGAGAUGCCGAUGGGGCGUACAUAGAGGCUCGCGCGCUCCUGGACACGUGUGCAAAUGCGAACUUUAUGACCGCGGAUUUAGCUAAACGAUUGCGUCUCCCUACUAGGCCUUGCUCGAUUCCGAUCGGAGCAAUUAACGACUUGCGAACUACCACGAAACAUUGCGUCGAUGCCCAAUUUAAAGCGUUGCAUUCGGACUUUAAUAAGCGUUUAACUUUCCUCACCGUUCCCAACAUAACUAGCGUCACUCCGGAGGAACCGUUUCCUCGCGAUUCGAUCAGGCUACCCAAGAACAUCAGGUUAGCGGACCCUCAAUUCCAUCUCCCUCGACAAGUCGACAUUUUAAUUGGUUCUGGAGCAACGUUGUCCAUGCUUUCUGUAGGUCAAGUUAACUUGUCUAGGGAAGGAAGCGAGUUAUAUCUUCAGAAGACUCAGCUAGGAUGGGUGAUCGUUGGUGGUAUUGACACCGACAAGAUUUCAACGGUGUCGUGUCAUCUUUCUCAGUUAGAAAAGCAGCUGGUUCAAUUUUGGUCUCUGGAAAAAUGCUCCAGUCCGGUUGAGCAGGCUGACGACAGGUUAGAAUGCGAGAAAUGGUAUGUCGACACUACGGUUCGACUGUCUGACGGACGGUACAUGGUGAGAUUGCCGUUUCGGAAAAAGGACCCGGUACUAGGGGACUCGAGGGCGCAAGCUCUCAAGCGGUUCCGGGGAUUGGAACGGCGAUGCAGCCGUUCGUCCGGCAUGAUGGAAGAAUUCAGUCGUGUCUUUCAGGAAUAUCUCGAUUUGGGUCAUAUGUCUUUGGUGGUCGACGAGAAUGACUCGGAAUAUUAUCUUCCAUUCUUGAUUGUCGUUAAGAAUUUGAGCCUUACUACCAAGUUUCGAGUCGUUUUCGACGCAUCCGCUAAGUCGUCGUUAGGUGUGUCUUUAAACGAUCUGUUGCACGUUGGACCUACGAUUCAGGACAAACUUUACGUUCAUCUAGUAAGGUUUCGAUCGCAUAGGUACGUUCUCACUGCUGACAUUGAAAAGAUGUAUCGGCAGAUACUUAUCCAUCCCGAGGAUCGCCGAUACCAACGCAUUUUCUGGUAUCGCGACGGGAAACUACAGGUGUACGAGUUGAACACAGUUACGUUUGGCGUAUCUUCUGCUCCAUAUUUAGCGAUUCGAACUAUUCAUAGGCUCGCGGACGACGAAAGCGCGCAAUACCCCCGAGCGGCCGAGAUUCUCAAGAGGGAUAUGUAUGUAGAUGAUCUGCUGACAGGCUCAGAUUCUUUAGAUGAGAUUAUGAAGGCGCGUGAUGAGAUAAUCACCGUCUUGAAGCAUGGUGGAUUUAACAUCCGGCAAUGGGCCUCUAACCAUAACCAUGCAUUAGAUAAUUUAGAUGAGAAGGUUCUGAGCUUGGCACCAGAUGGCGAGGACGCGGUUUUAAAAACAUUAGGCGUUUCCUGGGCCUCUAAACGCGACGAAUUGGCUAUCGUAGUCAAGCCCGUAGAAAUCCCGCCUAACGUAACUAAACGCGUAAUCUUGUCGGAGAUUGCGAAGAUUUUCGACCCAGUAGGUUUAGUAGGACCGGUAGGUUUGCACGCGAAGUGGAUCAUGCAGGAGUGUUGGAAGGAGAAAGUUUCUUGGGACGAAUCAGUUCCACAGAGUUUGUUUACGCUUUGGAUGGACUUCGCGAGUCAGUUGUCGUCUCUCUCCAGCGUUUCUGCACCACGCCAUGUAGUUUGCGUUAAUCCUUCGCGCAUAGAAAUUCACGGUUUCAGCGAUGCGAGCAAAAAGGGCUACGGCGCUUGCCUGUACGCUAGGUCCACCGAUAAAGACGAAAAGAUCACUGUACGAUUGAUCUGCUCCAAAUCUAGAGUCGCCCCUUUGAAAGAGCAGACUAUUCCCCGUUUAGAAUUAUGCGGAGCCGUGAUCCUUGUAAGACUUCUUUUAGAAACUCUUCCAGCUUUAGAAUUUUCCAUUGACCGGAUCGUUUUAUGGUCCGAUUCCACUAUAGUCUUACAUUGGUUACGGAAAUCCCCGCAAGAUUUGAAGCUAUUCGAAGCUAACAGAGUACGCGAAAUUCAAGAAUUAGGAGAGCGCGCCAGUUGGCGAUACGUCCCUACCCAACACAAUCCAGCUGACGCUUUAUCCCGCGGGCAACUCCCGAAAGAAUUCCUGCGAACACACUAA